UGCCUCGGCAACGCGAUCACGACAAGGUGGAUCUGUUUCUUCGACUCUCCCCCUUGUCAAGCACAGAUAUCUCAAUCGAGAAACCCUUGGAUCCGGUUACAUGAUGCAGACGGCGCAGUCUUGGUUCCAGGGGGGACCGAGCGGGAGCGGCGGAGAGCUGCAGAAAACCUCAUCCUCCCUCCUCUCCGAUUGGAACUCUUACGCUGCGUCCAGGUCGGCUGAGGAUGGUGGCACCUCUGUAUUAGGGUUUGAUAUCGAGUCCGCCGUCCGGACCGCCAACGACAAGUUCACCGGCACUUUCAACGUGGUUACUAAAGGUGUCAAGGAGUUGCCUGGAAGUUUCCAGAAUGCUACUAGUAAUGUACCUUCUGGAAAAUCUCUUGUGUACUUCGGUGUGCUCCUUGCUAGCGGCGUGUUCUUUGUAUUCAUUGCUUUUACCAUGUUCCUUCCAGUGAUGGUUCUGCUGCCUCAAAAAUUUGCUCUUUGUUUCACUUUCGGCUGUGCAUUGAUCAUUGGGUCAUUCUUUGCACUCAGGGGUCCUAAGAAUCAGCUUUCUCACAUGUUUUCCAAGGAGAGGUUGCCCUUUACAGUGCUGUUCAUUGCUAGUAUGGUUGGCACAAUUUACGUUUCCAUGGUGCUUCAUAGCUACAUUCUUUCUGUUCUCUUCUCUGUGAUUCAGGUUCUUUCACUCACGUAUUAUUCGAUAUCCUACUUUCCUGGAGGAUCUACUGGUUUAAAAUUCCUGUCUUCAGCUUUAACUUCCUCCGUUCUAAAAUGCUUUGGCAGAUGAUGUUGAUAUGUAAACUAAGUCAUGUUUUUGUGUUCUAGAAACUAAACGGAUAUGUGUAGAAUAUUGUGAGUGCUUCUGUGAUUGAAUUUACGUCUCCGAACAAAACAAUGAAACCUAUUGUAAAAAGUACUCCGAGGGUAUGUUUGCAAACUAAAGGCCCUUUAAGGACUUUUUGAGAAUGAAAAUAUGUUCUUGAUUAA